AUGUCUGGACGAGGCAAGCAAGGAGGUAAGGCUCGCGCCAAGGCCAAGACUCGUUCUUCUCGAGCUGGCCUUCAGUUCCCCGUAGGCCGAGUACACCGUCUGCUCCGCAAAGGCAAUUACGCAGAGCGGGUCGGGGCCGGCGCUCCUGUGUACUUGGCUGCGGUGCUGGAGUACCUGACCGCUGAGAUCCUGGAGCUCGCAGGAAACGCAGCCCGCGACAACAAGAAGACGCGGAUUAUUCCGCGCCACCUGCAGCUGGCCAUCCGCAAUGAUGAGGAACUCAACAAGCUGCUGGGCAAAGUCACCAUCGCGCAAGGCGGCGUGCUGCCCAAUAUACAGGCGGUGCUGCUGCCCAAAAAGACUGAAAGCCACCACAAGGCAAAGGGCAAAUAG